AUGCCGCCUCGCCAGCCCCACUCGUGCCCCUUCGCCGCCCCGCGCCUCGACCCUUCUGAACCCGCCCAAACUCCCCCCGUCGGCGCCGGCACUUCCGUUCUGACAGCGUUUGCGCCACCGCCAAACGCUGCCCAAGAAGACCGCCGUCCCCGAGUGCGUGUCGUGGCAAGUGGAGUAGGACCAUGGGCUGCGGACUGACGUGGGUUGACUCCAUGCUCAACCGGGGCUUCUACCAGCUGGGGCUGCUGGUGGGCCGCCACCCCGGCUACUUCCUCGUCAUCCCCGUGCUGCUAGCCGGGCUGUGCGCCACCGGCUACCAGCGCAUCCAGUACCAGAUCGACCCCGAGUACCUGUUCAGCCCCGUGGCCGGCGAGGGCAAGGCGGAGCGCGCCAUCGUGGAGAAGUACUUCAAGCCCAACUACACCAGCCGCUUCAACGUGGGGCGCAUCACGCGGCCCGGUCGCUUCGGGCGCGUGAUCGUCAUCCCGAAGCACGGCCACGACAUGCUGAGGCGCGAGAUCUGGGCGGAGCUGCGCCUGCUGGACCAGAUCAUCCAGAACGCGACGGUGGCGUGGGAGGACGAGGAGACGUUCACGUACCGCGACGUGUGCGCGCGCUGGAUCGACCAGUGCUUCCACAACGACAUCCUCAACCUCGAGUACGUCAUGGAGGAGGUGGAGAACCGCACGCUCAACCUCACCUUCCCGGUCAUGUUCAACCCGGUCACGUGGGACGCGCACACCUUCCCGGUCUUCUUCGGCGGCACCGUCGUCAGCGAGGACGACAUCAUCGUCGAGGUGCCGUCGGUCCAGCUCGUCUACUUCGUCACGGCCGACACCAAGCGCCAAGACGCCAGGGGCGCGGCGUGGGAGGAGCGCUUCCUGGAGGUGGUGGGCGAGGCGGACCGCCACCUCUUCAAGCACAUCUCCAUCGCGCGCUUCGCCUCGCGCACGCUCGACAUCGAGCUGGAGCGCAACACGCGCACCGUCAUCCCGUACUUCAGCACCACCUUCAUCAUCAUGGGCAUCUUCUCCAUCACCUCGUGCAUGAUGGCGGACUGGGUGCGCGCCAAGCCCUGGCUGGGGCUGCUCGGCAACAUCUCCGCCGCCAUGGGCACGGCGGCCGCCUUCGGCGUCACCAUGUACAUGGGCGUCGAGUUCAUCGGCAUCAACCUCGCCGCGCCGUUCCUCAUGCUCGGAAUCGGUAUCGACGACACGUUCGUGAUGCUGGCGGCGUGGCGCCGCACCUCCAUGAAGCUGCCGGUGCCCGAGCGGAUGGCGGUGAUGCUGUCGGAGGCGGCCGUCUCCAUCACCAUCACCUCCGUCACCGACAUGAUCAGCUUCUGGAUCGGCAUCAUCAGCCCCUUCCCGUCGGUGCGCAUCUUCUGCAUCUACUCCGGAAUCGCAGUAAUGUUUACUUACAUAUGGCACGUGACUUUCUUCGCCGGCUGCAUGGCAGUGGCCGGAUACACAGAACAUAAGAACCUUCACUCCCUCGUUUGCAUCAAAGUGCUUCCAGUUUCACAAUGUGGCAAGAAGUCGUGGCUGUACCGCAUCUUCUGCAGCGGCGGGGUGGACCCGGCGGACCCUGACAACCCGGUCGACAACCGAGAGCACGGCAUCAUGGUUUUCUUCCGGGACAGAGUCGCCUCUUUGCUCAACAAGUGGCAGGUGAAGGCCCUGGUCCUACUGGUGUUCGCUGCUUACCUCACCGGCGCCUGCUACGGCAUCACCAAGAUGAAGGAAGGGCUGGAGCGACGCAAGCUGUCUCGAGCCGACUCUUACUCCGUGGAAUUUUACGACCGGGAGGACUAUUACUUCCGAGAAUUCCCGUACAGAAUACAGGUUGUCAUCACUGGUGACUUGAAUUAUUCUGAUCCAAUAGUCCAAGACCAAAUCGAGAACCUGACACAAACAUUUGAAAAUACAACAUAUAUAUCUUCACCACUUUACACUGAAUCAUGGCUACGUUCUUUUGUGGGAUAUGUGAAGAGAAAUCAAGAUUACUUAAAUGUCAGUAUUGCCACGGAAGAUGAAUUUAUCCAGACUUUGAAAGAGUUGUGGCUAUUCAAGCCAAAUCCUUUCUCUUUGGAUGUAAAGUUUAAUGAAGAUGGAACAAGAAUCAUAGCAUCAAGAUUUUUAAUUCAAGCUGUUAAUAUCACAGAUUCAAAUGAUGAGAAAGCAAUGGUUCGUGUAUUACGGAAGAUAUGUCAAGAUUCUCCCCUUAAUGCCAGUGUGUUUCAUCCAUAUUUUGUAUUUUUUGAUCAGUUUGAAUUGGUCCGACCUACCUCUAUCCAAAGCAUGAUUAUUGGUGCUUUAAUUAUGAUGCUGGUGUGCUUCAUAUUUAUUCCUAAUGCCUUCUGCUCCUUGUGGGUGGCAUUUUCCAUCAUUUCCAUUGAAGCUGGUGUAGCAGGUUACAUGGCUCUGUGGGAUGUACGUCUCGAUUCUAUAUCAAUGAUCAACCUCAUCAUGUGCAUUGGAUUUUCUGUGGAUUUUACAGCACAUAUAUGCUAUGCCUACAUGUCCUCCAAAGCCAAACAUCCUGAUGAAAGAGUUCGAGAAUGUCUUUAUGCACUUGGUCUUCCAAUCAUCCAAGGUGCUUCUAGCACAAUUCUGGCUGUGCUUACACUUGUGUUUGCAGAAAGUUACAUAUUCUUAGUGUUCUUCAAAAUGGUGUUCCUCGUGAUCUUUUUUGGGGCAAUGCAUGGCCUCCUUCUCCUUCCUGUACUCCUUUCUAUCUUUGGUCCAGGCUCCUGUGCAUCAUUUUCAAGACCCAAGAAAGAAGAGGCAGAUGAAACCAAAGCUUCAGCUGUGGAAAAAACUUUCCCUCACCCAUUUUGUAUUCCUCAUCCAUCACUCCAUCCUAUGAACCAUCUUAAUAAUGGUUAUCUGUUCAGAAACACAAAUGGAGACCUUAAAACACAUGCUCUUUCAAAUGGUACCGGUCCCUAUAUAAAUGGAUUUGAUGGAAAAUUUAAGACUUCUGGAACACAUUUUGGUGGACCCCUUACAGGCCUUCCACAACACUCCUAUAAUGGAGGAGUGAAAUACGCUGAUGGAAAUGGAUCAAUGAUCCUUGAAAAAGACUUAGGUAUUGGAACAUCUGGUGAAGAUUCCAGUGAAUCCAGUUCCAGCCAAUCACAACGUCGACUGCAGAAAGAGGCUGAUGAAGAUCAACGACGUCGAUAUGAAGACGGAUGGAGGAAGUCAAGCUCAAAUAUAGCACCAACAGAAAAUAAUACAAAACCAAGAGAAUUCCAACCUCCGCAUAUUAUGGAGGUUUAUAACAACUCAGGGUACAUUAGUGAUGAAGAUGGAAGAGGUCGCAGCAGGGCAUGGUACAGAAACAGCCAUGCCCAGCCUGUCCGACACUACGAUGACACUCACCUCUCAAGAAGGUAUUCAAUGCAUGAAACACAAAGUCAUGGACGACCGCGUUCUAAGUCGCAACAUAAUUCAAACUUUCACUGUCACUCCCGAAGUUCUCCAGGUUAUGUGGGUGACACAAAAUUUCGCUGAGUGGUGAGUUUGUUGCGUAGACUGUAUUGUUUUGAGGACAUCUGUGCAAACAUGUAUGAAAGAUGGAACUAUUUUUAUCAUUGAGUGAGAACAUUCGUCUUUGAUAUGAGAACACUCUAUUGCCUUACUAUAACACAGCAAUGUUGAUUUUAUAUCUAAGUAAUGGAUAAAAUAUAUUUUGGUACUGUAAUAUACAGAUAGAUUUUCAAUGCAAGAAUUAUUUUUUACUAUACCCUUUUAUUCGAUUGUAAGCAUAACAUAAAGAAGAUUUUAUGGUCUUUCUUGGAAAUGUAGUGAUGAUAUCACUUAAAGAGUGUCUCAAGAGUGUUAUUAGUCAUGAAAUAAAAAGACAAUAAUAUU